CCCCUGACCUCUGUCUGGACAGUGCUGAUUGGCCCUGUGCUGAUCACAUGCACUCUCCCAAGAAAAAAAAACUCUCUAGCAAUACACACAAAAUUGAGCAUGUGCAGAGUGACUCCAAGCCUCUGUUCUAUCAGGAGUUAUAUUGGGGACAGUAGAAGAAUCGGAGAAGAAUCGGAGAAGACAGGAUCAAACAGCCUUUUAACACAAUGCAGAUGAUUAACCCCUUAGGUUCCGUAGUGAGUAUAAGAAGAAUGCUUUUUUUGCAUAUACUGACUGAUUUUACUGUUGUGGGUUUAGUAACACUU